UGGAAACGCUCCUCAAUGCGCUCACUGGUAGACCUCCCUCUCCUCCUCAUUUUUUUUCUCCGGCUACACCAUCCAGAGAGCCACGACCAGGAGCGUUAUAAUUCCAUUUAAAGAAUUAAAAAAGUAAGGAUGAGGAUGAUGAGCUUUUUUAUGUCCAAAAAAGUUAUGGAUUGAAUUUUGAAAUAUGUACACGCGCGAUUCGGAUUCAACUCCUUUCGGUUUGUGGAAUAAUGACAGGAGAUGCUGAUUAAUGAAACCAUGACACAUCUUCUGUUCAUACCAGAAGUGAAGCUUUGUGUGUGAGCCUCCAACUACAACGAAAAAAAGACUAAAGGCGACUUAGCUUCCAGUUUUUAAGGUUGCAGAGACUGACCAAAUGCAUCCAUGUAAUGAUGUAAUAAAAAGAUUGCAAACCCUUCAGUGAAUGGAAGUAAACUCAACUCACUGGUUUCCAAGUGCUGCACCGCUGAUUCGGACCACCGAACUGAAGACUGCUCGGGACCGAAGGGAUUUUGUUCAUGCUUUUAUAAUUUCCGUACUUUGAGUCUGCCAAAGAGAGAAAAAGUUCCUCUCCUCUUCUUCCUCGUACAGAAAAUGAAUAACUGUCUUUUCCGAUUGGCUCUCUUUGUGGCUUGCGUCCUCUACAUCCGCUGUACCGCUUCAUCCGGGACCGAGGAGGAGGCGCACACCCAGUCCCGGGAUACCUGCGUGUCCUGUGGCUUCGAUCAGCCGGAGGACCCCGAGUCGGGUCAGCUGAACGUGGACUUUCUUGAGGCAGUCAAGAGACACAUCUUGAGUAGACUGCAGAUGCGCGAAAGGCCCAACAUCACGCACUCUCUUCCGAAGGCUGCGAUGGUGACGGCGCUGCGGAAACUUCACGCUGGGAAGCUGCGGGAGGACGGGAGGGUGGAGAUCCCCAGCCUGGAUGGACAUCCGAUGAACAACGUGGUGCUCGAGGAGACCUCGGAGAUCAUCAGCUUUGCGGAGAAAGAUGACACAGUAACUUCCAAGUCCAGCCUGUUUUUUCUGAUUUCCAAUGAGGGAAAUCAGAACUUAUAUGUGACACAAGCCACCCUCUGGCUCUACCUAAAGCUGCUACCAUCUCCUCUGGAAGUGCGUCCAAGGCGCAAGGUGACUGUUAAGGUGUACUACCAAGAGCCUGGCCUUGGUAGCAAGUGGAACCUGGUGGAGAAGCGGAUGGACCUGAAGCGAGGAGGUUGGCACACCUUCCUGCUGACUGAUGCUGUCAGGUUAGUGUUCGAGAAGGGUGACCGGCGACAGAACCUGGAUGUGCGCUGUGAAGGCUGUGAGGCGGAGGGUGUCGUGCCCAUCCUGCUCAACUACAACGAUGAGUCCCACCGGCCCUUCCUGGUGGUUCAGGCUCGGCAAGCAGACAAAAAGCACCGAAUCCACAAAAGGGGCCUGGAGUGUGACGGUAGCAGCACCCUGUGCUGUAGACAACAAUUCUACAUAGACUUUCGGUUGAUUGGUUGGAACGACUGGAUCAUUGCACCGUCAGGUUACUAUGGGAACUACUGCGAAGGGAACUGUCCGGUCUACAUGGCAGGUGUUCCCGGUUCGGCCUCAUCCUUCCACACAGCGGUGGUAAACCAGUACCGCAUGAGGGGAAUGAGCCCCGGCUCAAUGAACUCCUGCUGCAUUCCCACCAAGCUCAGCACUAUGUCCAUGCUCUACUUCGAUGAUGAGUACAAUAUCGUCAAGCGGGAUGUUCCCAACAUGAUAGUGGAGGAGUGUGGCUGUGCUUGAAUAUGUUUCGUGUCUGCUUAUUUAAGGUGCAACUGAAGAACUUAACUCUAAACAAGUUUUCAAUAUUGCAUCAAAAAUGAAUAUAGAAACAAAAUAUUUAUGAACGAUGAAAAUAUGCACACACAAUCUCGUCCACACAUCUACACGUACCCGUGCAUAUGUCUGCAUAAAAACUAUGUAUAUUUAUGUUUGUUGAUAUAAUUCAUUAGAGUCUGGUGCGAGACAUAAAAAUCAUAACCCUGGGAGGCGGGGGGUUCUUUAAGGCUUCUUUUAGCAUCCACUUAAUUAACUUAGUUGAUUAUAUUCUGAUUACUUUUCCAUAUAAGUUGCUCAAUGGUGAGGGUAUAAAAGAAUAGUUAUAUAAUCACUGCCCUUUAAAAUAUAUAAAUGUUCCUAUGUUUUAAUGAUUAAUGUGUGCACUUAACUAUUAAGAUUCUUUACCUAAAUUUAGGAACCUCAAAUAACCUGAUUAAUUGACUCCUGUCCUACACACUUUGUCCAAAUGACAACAAAUAUUUCCCUUAAUCUGUAUGCUUUAGAAUUUCAUCUUUCCUUUAACGGAUGCUUUUAGAAACUGCUCAGAUAUGAAACAGUAUGAUUAUGGUUUGGGAAAGCUGUUUUCUGUUUACGUCUAUGUUUCUGCUCUCACCUACAGUAUGGUCGUGACUGAAAGAUUGAGAAUACAAGGGCCCAUUCUUAGAAAAACAUUUAUGGGCUCUGUUACUUGGAGUAGAGCUGCUCUUACAUAUAAACAUAUUUAUCUUUAUUUUAUUUUAUUCAGUUACAAGUGAAGAGUUGCUGUAGUUUAGUGAUGGUGCAGUUUCUCCCCUUCCUGAUGCACAUUUGAUAGCACUUGCAGAUUGAAAUGCCUUUAAUGAGCCCUCGUGGUCCACAGUCAGUCCUACAAAAAGAAAAAGUGCCACAUUAGCUAUGCAAUGUAUAGUAAUUACCCCUAUACUACAUGCUACACUUAAUCUCUAGUAACUAUCACCUAAUAUCAGUACCUUAAAUGUAAGUGUGGCAGGCAGGGUUACGUUGGGCCUUGGUGAAACAGCAAACAGACUAAAAUGAAAAUGACUAAACAUAUUUUGGGUUGUUAGUGGUGAAGCCUCAUAAUAAACUGUUGAUAGCAUUGAAUCUAAAUGGAUAUUUUUUUUCUUUCACUGUAGUGAAGCAAAAUUGUAGCUUUUUUAAAAUGUUUUACAAAGUAAAAAUGCUUAUGUAUCAACUCAUUUAAUAAUGAACCCCAGAAGUCCCCAAGUUUCUUUUUAAUAAAAAACUCAGAAAACAUUUACUUACCAAGUGGAUUUUGUAGACAAACUACUAUCUUACAUUUUUGCUUUUCUGCUUAACAAACUGCAGUUUUACUGCCAUUGGGUCUUCAGUUAAAACUGCAAAGUAAAAAGAGCUUAACGGGCUAAUUUUGACCCAAAUAACCAGUGAUUUUGGAGUCUAUAGUAGAUUAAUAUGUCCUAGUGGAGCUCCCAUCACGGCUUGUUUGGCACCAUAACACACUUUAAGACACAGUUUCAGAUCUCAGUCACUGUGACACUAUGAUAUUUUCAGGUUAAGUGUUUCAGGGUCCUUUAACUAAGGGCGUUUAACCGACUUCUUAUAUUAUCUUUUCUUUUCAUUUCACCACUUCCAAAUAUGAAUCUAAGUCAAAUACCAGACGUUCAAAAAUUGCUUGUUAACUCACUUUUCCUGCCUUUUGCUCGCUACUUGACCCUAACCUUGCCUGCCACUGCAAUCUUAUGUUUGCUUAUUCUUCAAAGCAGAUAGUUGUUCGAAUAAUUGCACUGAGGAAUUGUAUGACUAAUUAUAAUAAAAAUGAAAUAAACAAGAACUGCCAUUGAAAAUAAAAGUUAUUUUUAUAGAAGCAAAAUUAAGCUCUGUUUAAGUGUAUUAUACCUAAUUAUGGAACCAAAGAGGCCAAGAGGUUUAGCUGUUCAAAGGUGGGAAUGCUGUUAUGUAUUUGUAUGUAUUAAAUUACAUUGUGACAGUUUAAAAAGGCCUAAAAACUGUAUCAGGGUAUAAUAUCAGUCUAUUAUGAGCUUAAUCCUUUUUUCUAUUUUGUACCUUAACAUCGAAGACUUAAUAUUUUUUCAUCAACUUACUUAAAUAUGCCUAGUUUCUUUCACCUUUUUGUUAGCUUGUUCCAGAAUCAUUUAGAGUAAAUCACAUACCAUCUGAUCCCUGUACAGUUGAUAUACAUAUGAAUAUGCCUUUGAAGUAUUUAGUUCUUUGUAAUUGUUGGAAAAUAAAUUUCUUAUUACCUACAUUA